AUGUCACUUCCUUCUCUGGCCGGACCUAAUGCGGCGAUACGAGGGCUUGCAUUUUGUCGUACAUUACGCUACGUCUACCGACGGUUCAGUGCAGUUGCUGAAGGGCCGACAAAAGAGGUCCCCAAGUUGACCAUCACCCCUCUAGAGAUCGCCGGCUUGCCAGUACUAAAGUUCAAAGGGCGAGUCAUGAUCAUAGACACUGUGGAGGAGGAUGCUAGGGCCGCUGAUGCAUUCGAUAAGGAGACCCUCUUGGGCUUCGAUAGUGAGACCAAACCCAGUCUGGUCCCUGGGGUCACCAACAAGACCGCUAUCAUACAGAUUGCCUCUUCUUCGGUCUGCGGUGUGUGGAGGGUCCGACAGUUGGACGUAUUGCCGCCCACGUUGACCAAACUGCUGACUGACCCAUCCAUCACCAAGGCUAGUCAAGGGGCCACCUCGGAGGUCACCACGGUCUAUCGGGAGUUUUCUGGUCUCAAGUGCCAAGGGUUCGUCGAUCUGCACUUGCUGGCCAUGGGACUACGCUGCACCCCACGGAGCCUACAAGGCCUUUGUGCCCUCUUCCUCCAUAAACGCUUACUAAAGGCGGAGAGGAUAUCCAACUGGGAGCAGGUACCACUGAGCCCGAGCCAGCUAGAGUAUGCUGCCACUGAUGCUUGGGUAUCCAGACAGGUUUUGGAGGCUAUGAGGGCCGCCUUUUGUGUGGACAAGCUUAGUUUUGAGAGGGCGGUUAAUCCUGAUGACCUUGGAUUGGUCCCAAGGACCCCAGCGUCGAUCAACCAACCAUUACGUGUACACCUUGCCCCUGCUAUCACUGGUCCAAGCCUGUCCAGAUACCCUACCAGAAUAGCCCAUAUGUGGGCCAUGCUGGGCCAGUGGAGCCCACAUCUACCUCGAAAGCUGGUGGCAGCGCAGGAUGACGCCGCUGAUGUAAUGUUGACGGCGAUAAACCAGCUCAUAGGAGGACCCCCUGAGGGUAUGAUGACCAGCACUACUGCUGACUCGCUAUCAGUCUCUUCGUCGUCGCCAUUGCUAUUGAGGAUGCUCAGUGCCUUGGCGGUCUACCAGAACAGGCUCUCUGAUGAACUGGCCAAGACGGAAAUUGAGUGA